UAAAGUCACUAGUCUACCAUCUGUGCUGUAACUAUACCUAGGUAAGUGUGGUUCUACACCAAAAAUCCAGAACUAGCAUAACUGGCAAGGUCCUUAUAGGUGAUUGUUAAAAUAGAUUUUAAUAGACCACAUAACAUUCAAAAUGGCAGGCAGAUGUGUGUUUAAAUAUGUUCAGCCAAAAAGUAUUGUACCCCAAAUGCACAUUCGUUGUGCAGCUACUUUAUCUGGCUUUGAAAUUCAACAUAAAACUCCAACAAUUAAAAAAGUUAUGCCCAUCCCAAAGGCUCAUUACGGUGGGCGGCAUACUGUUACCCUUCUGCCAGGUGCUGGUAUUGGACCCGAACUCAUGGGAUAUGUAAAAGAGAUUUUCAAAUAUGCUGGUGUACCGGUAGAUUUUGAGGAAAUAGAUAUUGAUCCAAAUGCAGAUAAUAAUGAUGAUUUGAAUUAUGCUAUCACUUCAAUUAGAAGAAAUGGUGUUGCUUUAAAAGGAAACAUUGAAACUCGCAGCAAAGAAGUUGGAGUGCUGUCACGUAACGUGGCUCUACGUAAUCAGUUAGAUCUGUAUGUCAAUGCUCUUCACUGCGUCUCUUAUCCCGGCGUGAAUUCUCGGCAAAAGAAUAUUGAUGUUGUCAUUGUGAGACAAAAUACUGAGGGAGAAUAUGCCAUGUUGGAGCAUGAAAGUGUUGGUGGAGUUGUAGAAAGUAUGAAAGUUAUUACAAAAUCUAACUCAGAAAGAGUGGCCCGUUAUGCGUUCGAAUAUGCCAGAAGAAAUAACAGGAAGAAGGUUACUACGAUUCAUAAAGCAAAUAUUAUGAAAUUAUCUGAUGGUCUUUUCUUAGAAACGUCACGAAGAGUUGCUAAAGAUUACCCAGAAAUUAUUCUUAAUGACAUGAUUAUUGACAAUACAUGCAUGCAGCUAGUUUCUAACCCACAUCAAUUUGAUAUUAUGUUAACAACAAAUUUAUACGGUGCAAUUGUCUCCAAUGUCAUUUGUGGUCUACUUGGCGGUGCAGGUCUUUUAGCUGGCAAAAAUUACGGUGAUCAUUUUACAAUCUUUGAACCAGCUACUCGUAACACAGGUGCAAGCAUAGCUGGAAAAAAUAUCGCUAAUCCAAUUGCUAUGUUAAAUGCCGCUGUUGAUAUGUUACGUCACCUUGGUCAUAAAAACCAUGCAGUUAUUAUUCAGAGUGCCAUCAAUAAAACCAUUAAUGCUGGCAUUCAAACUAAAGAUCUGGGAGGAACUGCUACAAGCAGGGAGGUUAUAGACAACAUUUUAAAAUGCAUAAAAACAGCACAAAGUUAAAAAGACUGAUAGUCGUGAUAAUGUCUUAUAGUUCAUCAAAUGUAUUUGUGAUACCAUAUUACAAGAGAUAAUUGCAUUGAGCAAUGCUACACUUUAAUUUUUUGUGCCAUUUAAAGAUUUACUAAUAAUUUAGAAAAAUAAAAUCUGCUUAUCCUUAUAAAUGUUGUACAAUUAUACUGGUUCAACAAAAAAUCAUUUGACUUUUGUCACUUUAAAGUAAUUGAUUUAAUGUAACAAAAUUUUUUAGAUUAAAUUGAGAUUGAUAUUGAAAAUAAACACAAUUGCUUUAAUUUAUAAAAUUAUAUAUGCUAUCUUCUUUAAUUAUUAAAUCGCAAAAGUUAAAGUGUGCAAAUAAUUACAAAAUUGAACAAAUUUUAAAAGUAUUUUAAAGUAAAGAAACGAGUAUUUUAAAUCAUAAUAUUUUAUUCAAAUGCAAAAUUUUUUGUAAUAUGUAUUGUGCUAUAUAGAUUGAGAUUUCAAAGUCCUAUUGAAGCUCAAUUUUGAGUAGUUAUUUAUUCAACUGAACUAAAUUAUUAGAAUUAAAUUAAACUUGAAACAAAAGUAGUAGUCUUGAGCGAUAUAAUUCAUGCAUGAAGCUGCCUUUGUCUUAACAUGACGACCAUACUUUCAUAAUUAGAAUAUUCUAUUCACUGUAGUUGAGCACAAAGCAGUGAAAUAUUAUGAUUUGUCAAAUGAUAUUCAAAAUUGAUUGCACCAUAAUGUCAAAAAAUGCUAAGUUUUCAUUAAAAAAACUGUAUAUACUGUAAGUAUCUCUCUUAAUUUACGUAAUUUAUUCAUAUUUUACUCAAGAAAAUAUUAGGUAACAACAGCAUUGUGAGAUGUUGAACAUCUUAUUUGUAUUGAAAAUAAAAUUAAAGUUCACUUAAAUAAAUGCGCUGAUAUUCAUUCGGCUUACGGUUA